GAUGCUAACUAUGAAGCAUUCGAGCUGGUCUAUUGAUGGAUUUACGCGGAUGAGCUCUCUCGAUCAAACGUAUCUCAGGAACUAUUAAGAGAGGCGAUCUACGCGAUUAUUGUGGAGCUAUCAUUGCCGCUUAUUGGAUUGAGUUCAUUCCGCAGCAGUUUGCUGAUCUCUCCGCACCUUCAUGCUACCAACUUUUCAAAAGGAACUCACAUUAUAUGCUACACUCAGUCGUCCAACUCAACCGUGAGUAUCUCUUUCUCAUAUACUUUAUCGAGAACGAUUCAAAGGUUUCCCUCUUGGUAAACGCUCACGAUCAAAGCGGUUUUUCACCUCUGAAACUUACGCUCUCAUCUGGUCAUAUAAAUACGGCUAACCAGCUACUGUCCAAAAACGCUAGUUGCAACGCAGUACAUGAAGCGGGCAAGUUCAUUGUCGUGCGAAUGAUCGAAAAAGAGAAUAUUCGAGCAUGCAAAUUUCUAGCAUCUGCGGGAGCAAAACAGCCUUACUUCUCGUAUUUCAAGCAGGAAUCUUAUUCUGGCAAAUACUAUCAUUCAACUAUCGUUGUUCAUGUUUCUGCUAGUGUCGUCAACCAUCGCAUAGAUGAAGGUGCACGUUGCUAUGCCCGUGUAGAGCAGCGGUUGGCAACACUGCUUUGCACGUGGCUGUUCGGGCUAAUCGGACCUGUCAUGCUGAUCAAUUCGAAAAUGGGACAGAUUCUGAUGCCGUCGACGAUAGAGGUUAUGCUUUUUUUUGCUCACCGAUCAUGCGGUACGGCAAGAUAUUUCGAAGUUUGCGAUUACGUGUUGAUGGCUUGA